UGAAUGAAGCAGGGCAAAAGCUUGGUCAAUGACACCACAAUUCUCUCUCCCUAUGCCUCCCACCCGAAGUUUCUCAAAUCUUUCUGGCCCUGUUCCCCAGUUCCAACACUCACCAGGUAUUCCUUUAUUUUGCCAUCUCGUUCCCCUCACUCCCUGCUACCCUAAACACACCCGAUGGCCGAAGGCAACAAGGAAUGUCAUCUAAACCAAACCUUCUACGGCCCUUCCAUUCCUCCCACUCAAACCCACGUCCGUUUAUCUCCCACUGAUCGGACUAGCACAAAAUUCAACGCCUACACCAUGUUCUGUAUCUCUUUCAAGAUUAUAACUAUAAUCCUCAUCUUUCUUUGCGUCAUCGUUCUGACUCUCUGGCUUAUCUUUCAGCCACAAAGCCUCAAGGCUUACGCCGAUAAUGCCACUCUAUCAGUCUUCAAUCUCUCUUCACCCGGCAACGGCAGUCUCAACUACAAACUCUCUUUCAUGCUCAGCUUACGAAAUCCAAACCGCAAAUACAGCUUCUACUACGAGCGACUAAAUACCGUAGCGUUUUAUGAUGGAUACCAGUUCGCUCACGCGGGCUCGCUUCGGAAUUAUCAAGGAAGAAACAGUUGGAUGUCGUUGAAUGUGAGCUUAGAGGGUCGGAGUACGGUAUCAACCGACUCGGUGAGGCAAGGUUUUGAGCGGGAGAAAGGAGAAGGUUUCUUUCAUGUGAGGGUGAAGAUUUAUGCCACGGUUCGGCUAAAAAUGUUCAUGAUAAAGAGCGAGCAGUUCAAGCCGGACUUGGAUUGCAACCUAAGGCUUCCCGUGCCGUCAAAUGAUACUUCUCUGGCAGCAGGUUUCUAUAGAACCGAAUGUGAAGCGAACCAUUUCUCAUAG